AUGACGAGUUUAAGUUCAUCGCAUGAUGACUUUCAAUCCAUAACUCUCUCGGAAGAUUCGACUGUUAGUGAAGGAACACGUCGUUUACUCUCUCCGUACAAUCGAAAUCGAUUCGAUACACUCAACCGUGAUAUUCAAAAUGAAUUAAUCAAAGUGAAAGAGACAUUUCGAGUGAUAACAAAUGAUUUGAAUAAUUUUCAAGGUGGACCUGAUCAAUUAAAAGAAUUUAAAGAGAAAAUUCGCCAUAUGAAUCUCAUUCUUCUCACUGUUAAACAACGACACGAUAUACUCGACGAUCGAAACGAACAGAUGCUACUUGAUUUACAAAAUCACAUAUGGGACAUUUCCAAAUACUCUAUUCGAAUCGAAAUCUAUCUGUGCACGAUCGAGAGGCUGAAAAAUUCAGCGAAUGAAUUAUUACAACAAGCAAAGAAAGCUUCUUCGAAUGAUUACGAGCAAUUGUUAACAGAUGGAAGUAAACUCAAACAAGAAAUAACCUUAUUAGAAACACGAGCGAAAGUCGAUUGUCAAAAUGUUUACAUUCGCGAAACGUUCGAUAAAUUACAAAAACGUUGUGCAAUCAUUUUGAAUUCCAACGAUCGUACACAAUUCAAAUCUCUAAGAAACUUUCACGUGAAAAAAUCGAUACUUAACCAUUGCCGUACUCGUCUAUUCGAUUAA